CCCGUCAGCCGGCCCCCAAGCCUUCCCUGCAUCCCCGACAUCGCCCUCGACAUAGACGAAAAGACGCCCUUCCUCCCCGAGCUCGACGAGAUCCUCAGCUCGACGGGGGCGUCCUCCACGCUCGACGAAGAUGACGACUUCCGACCGUCCCGUUCCCACAGCACGCACACGCAGCACUCGGCCGUGCAUCGAAGAAUCCACUUCCAUCCGACUCGCCUACCCAGCGUCAGCAGCAACAUCACCUACAACCCGCUGCCACAACCUCUGAAAAAGAAUAAGCUAACACGACAAAUCAGCCAGCUCUCACCACAUCAGAAAGUCCUCCACGAGUCCUGGACAAUAACCUACCACCACCCCACACACCGCACCACCUCCCAGCUCCAAGUCCUCGGCCUCACCGUCUGGCGCCAAACCGACCGCGAGGACGGCUCGGUGCUCUCGGUCGUGCCCAACACCCACUUCACGCAGGGCGAGCUGGCCGCGGCCGUGGCCGUGCACGAGGCAGCUGUCGUGGCGCACCACCACCGCCACCACGCGCAUCACUCAGGGGGAAGCAAGAAGGAGCGAACCAACACCAGCACCACCAGGAGGAGGACGCUUUGCAAGGCGCCGAGCUUCUAUGGUAGUAGUAGUAGUGGUAGUAGUAGUAGUUGUCGUGGUGGUGGUGGUGGCAGCAGCGACGUGUACGCGACAGACCUGGAGAGGCGGCUGCGGAGUCUGGACUGGAAGGUGCAGGACGAGAUCUACGAGCUGCUGAGCGACCGGGUGCAGAGCAGCAGCAACGCGUUUCGGCGGCGCGAGUGGCGGGUUGUCGUGCUGACGGAGGUGCCCGGCGGGGAGCUGACGGACGCGCCGACAGGGUUGGAAGAGGCCCCGGGGGCGGCGACGUCGAUGGUGGGGAAGCGGAGGGGUUGGUUCGGGAUCGGGGUCGGGACCUGGCUGGGGGGGCGGACGAGGCCGAGGGGUAGUACUGUCCCGGAUAUGCCGAUCACCGAGUACAGGCUGAUUCUCAGGGGCACGGAGACCAAGACGAAUGACCAGGGAUGGGGGUAUUUCAACCGGUACAGCCGGCCCUGGAGGACGGCGGACGAGAAGGAGAUCGGGGAGAAGAGGCGGUGGUCCACCGCAACGCUGAAGAGUGAGAAAUAUGUCGACUUUUGAAGCAGUCGAAUUGCAUGGCGUUGGGGUGGAGCAUAGCUGGCGGCGUUUUUCUUGUCUAUCCUUAAGCUUUUCACUAGAUUCAACGGUCGAUGACAUGAAUGAUAUCCCCAAAUCUCGAACUGAAAAGCGGCGCGACUAUUCGCAAGUAUCACUACAGGGUGACAAGCAAGGUGAGGAGACGUCAGGUCUACUUCUCCCGGCGGUUGGUACGG